AUGUUCAAGCUUCGACUGAUUUGUGGCACAUAUACUGUGAACUCGAAGGAUGAUCCAUCGUGCACUCUCAGUCGCGUGGAUCCACAACGAUCGCAGGAGAACCUGUUGGCUACGACCGCCGCCACGACGACGUCCUCGACGAGUACGGGCCUUGGUAAUUGUGUAGGAGGAGGAGUAGGCGGCUCUAGUGGAGGAAGGUUGUCGGUCAAUGGAAGGACUGCACUCAGGUCGAGUCGAUCACAUGAAAGCCUUCUCAAUUACAACACAUGUCUGGUAGAUCUUGGUGAAGAUGCCAGAUUACAUCCAGUUCAUCCGUCAGUGUUGGAUGUGCCGAAUUGUUUCCGCGUUGCCAACACGUAUUACGCAUGUCGCACACCAUUGGAACGGGCCAAAUGGAUUGAAAAGUAA